GGUGGGAUGAAGUUUUUUUUUUUUUUUUUAAUCCGCGCAGAGUGAAGAUGGCGCACAGUUUGAAAGACAAGUUGGUUGCCGAAAAUGUUUAUGUUUCGUUGCAGAGACUUGGUUGCCCACUGGUGGAGGGUCUUUUUCUGAAAGAGACUGAGAGCAUGCUUGAGCUGCUUUGUACUCCUUCUAAUCACAGACUGGAGAUCCUGAUGUGGAUUUGCAAAAGGACAUCUCCUCCUCUUGAAAAGAAGUUAUUUUUGCUGAAAGAUUCUCCAGUAGACACUCAUAUAAAGGAAAUAACAAACUUUGGACAUGAGAUGAUGCUGUGUAGUCCGGAUGAUGUGGACUUAAUUAAGGGUUGUGCAAGCCCAAAGCGUCAGCUAGCUUUUAUGGGACAGCUUGUCAGUAUAUUAGAAAGUGAGCGAUUUGAAGACUUCUCUGUGUCCUUUGGAAAUGAGCAGCUUCUGAAGGAACUAUUCUCAAAUCCGCAUCUACCAUCGCUUUUGAGCCCUGUUUGCAACCCUUGGCCAGCUCACAUAACAGAAAUAAUUAAGAAAAAGGAUUCUGGAAGCAAACAAUGGCGCAGUCUUACUCGGAAGUGUAAAGAAUUCAGUCUGGAAGAAGUUUCAUCAACUCUGAAAAAAACUACUGAUGCUUUAGCAAAAAUCCAAAUGGAGUGUACCCAUUUGACAGACGACCCUAAUGGUAUAACCUCCAGUCAGUUUUUGCCCCAAGCAUUGAAGCUGGCCAUUUGUGAUUUAUCUCAGCUGAUGGCUGCAUUCAGUCAAGUGUUUGCUAGUGACUUUCGGGAAUACUGCAAUCGGGAACCUCCAGAAAUGAGUAAUAGUGCAGUUACCUUCCAGUUUGUUUAUCAGCAGCUUGAUGCUUGCACACAGGAUCUGCAAGCCACAGCCCAAGUAAUUGAAGUUUCAGAAGUUGUUUGUUCUGCUGUAGAUGGUCAUCAGCAAAAGAAAGACUUUUGGGAAAAUGACCAAAUGACCUCACUUUGUAAGUUCAAUUGAAGAGCUGAAGAAGAAAUAUGAGGAAUUUCUUUCUGUGUAUCAGAGGUGCUCCGAAUGAAGUCCUAAAUUAAUAAAGGAAAGCAUUCCCUUUGGACUUUGAUCAGUUUAAACUUUUAUGGUAUAACUCCUGAAGUCUACUGUACCACCAGUACUUCUAGAAUUAUGUUUGAUUCAGGUAAAGGAAGGAUUUCAAAUAUUUCCUUUUUAGAGUUUUACAGUUGCAGGAAAUAAUAAAUUGAUAUUUUUUUUUUUUUUUUUAACAAAA